AUGGCGCCUCGUGACAAGGAGGUGUACUUCGCAAAGCUUGCUGAGCAGGCCGAGCGCUAUGAUGAGAUGGCCGAGCACAUGAAGAAUGUGGGCAACGAGGGCAGCGAGCUUUCCGUUGAGGAGCGCAACCUGCUGUCGGUGGCCUACAAGAACACCGUAGGCUCUCGCCGUGCUGCAUGGCGCAUCAUCACCAGCGUGAUGCAGAAGGAGACCAGCAAGGGCAAUAGUGACAAUGCCGGUUAUGCCAAGGAGUACUGUGAGAAGGUGGAGAAGGAGUUGCAGUCGAUCUGCGACACCAUCCUGGCCCUCUUGGAUAACAAGCUCAUUCCCAAAUCCGGCAGCGGUGAGUCCAAGGUCUUCUACCAGAAGAUGAAGGCGGACUACUACCGGUACAUCGCUGAGUUCCGUGAUGGGGACGCAAAGAAGGCUGCAGCGGAGAAGGCAAGAGAGGCCUACGCUGAGGCAGAGAAGGUGGCUGAGAAGGACUUGGCAGUGACACACCCGAUCCGCCUGGGUUUGGCCCUGAACUACUCGGUCUUCAUGUACGAGGUGCUCGGCAACCCUGACGAGGCCUGCAAGAUGGCCCGCAAGGCUUUCGAGGACGCCAUUGCUGAGCUGGACAACGUGGCAGAGGACUCCUACAAGGACUCGACCUUGAUCAUGCAGCUGCUGCGCGACAACCUGACCCUCUGGACUUCGGACCAGGAGGGAGGCAACUAGAUUUGCACGCUUUUGCAAGCAUCACUUCGCCAGGAAAGGCAGCAAACGGCUACAGAUUGCUGGCUGGAUCAUACCUGAAACAGAGGACAGAGAAAAGUACAUAGGCUGUAGUUGCUAGAUCAGGACUGCUGCAGCCGGCAUUUGCGCCCUCAGAAUGUGUUUCAGUCUCUUCAAGCAGUAGUGAGCUUGCUUGAUGUGCUUGGCAGAUUGAGUUGCAAAUUGAAUGGCCAGUUGCUUGUCAGUUGCGGUGCUGUGCCUUGUUUCCCGUGUGAUGCCGAACAUAUUCCAC